AUGUCGAGGCCACCACAGAGACCUAUCAAGCGUCUGCUCGUCGCCAACAGAGGCGAAAUCGCAACACGAAUAAUUUGUUCAGCUCGGGAACUUGACAUUGAGACGUAUGGGAUUUAUAUCUCAGGCGAUUCAUCACAUGCCGCUAGAGCCACACACGCACUUGAGUUGCCAUCCGCAGCAUCAUUCAUGAAUAUCGAUGGCUUGAUCGGAACCGUCAAAAAACAUGACAUCGAUGCAGUCCAUCCGGGAUACGGAUUUUUAUCUGAAUCAGAAGUAUUCGCAGAGAGAAUGUGGAAGGAAGCCGGUGCUGUUGUAGUCGGUCCCGGGUGGGAAAUUCUAGCUAACACGGGCGACAAGUUGAAGGCAAGACAGCUUGCUGAGCGAUGCAAUGUCCCUGUGUCGCCUGCACUACAAACGCCAACCAAUAAUGUGGACGACGUACGACGGUUUGCUGCUGAAAUUGGCUACCCGAUUAUGGUCAAAGCGGUAGAUGGUGGUGGCGGUCGGGGUAUCAGACUGAUUCGGAAUGAAGAGCAGCUUGCGUCUUCGGUGAAAAGAGCGGUCGAAGAAAGUCCGUCAAAGCAAUUGUUCGCUGAGAAGGCAGCAGUAGAUGGCUUUCGACAUGUCGAAGUUCAGAUUGUCGGUGAUGGGAGUGGAAACGUGACGCAUCUAUGGGAGAGGGAAUGCAGUAUUCAGCGGCGAUAUCAAAAGGUCGUAGAGAUAGCGCCAAGUGUUAUCAAAGACCGGAAACUAAUUGCGAGGGUCAUCGAAGACGCAUUGAAGAUGGCUAGACACGUCCGCUACGUCUCCCUCGGCACCUUCGAAUUCCUCAUCAAUCCUUCCACUAACGAAUACUACUUCCUCGAAGUAAACCCCCGCCUCCAAGUCGAGCACACAAUCACUGAAUCCAUCUGCACAACCGACAUUGUCAAAGCCCAACUGCUCCUCGCUCAAGGCGCGUCGCUGGAGACUUGCGGGCUGCCAACCACACCCCGCCUUCCUGAGAAGCCUUCACCAGCGCACUCGAUCCAGCUCCGUAUCACCGCCGAAAAUGUUGAAGGCGAUUGGUCUCUGUCCAUAGGCAAGAUAACCGGCUUCCAGUUCCCGACCGGCAACGGCAUACGAGUCGACACGCAUCUCAUCGGCGGCUACCCAGCUAUCGUCUCAGCCGACUUCGACAGCCUGAUCGCGAAGCUCAUCGUCACCGCCUCGUCUUGGGAAGAUGCAGUGCGGAAGGCUCAGCGCGCACUGGACGACACUUCCAUCACUGGCGUGAAGACAAACAUCUCCGUCCUUCGAGCCAUCGUCGUGCACCCCGAUUUCCUUCACGGCCAAUGCGACACUCAAUGGCUGGAGAGGAAGCAAUACGAGCUCCUCAAAGCAAGCCAACCCCUCGCAAACCCCACAAACCCACUCCUCCAAAGCACAGCACCCACGACUUCAGCCUCGGCAGUCAGCGCAGCGGCCACGCUCUUCCGCAAAGGCGACGCCUGGUCCCUCACGCUUUCUCCCCCAGGGGAAUCCCAAGCGCAACCAACGCACCAUCUCGAACUCACAAAAGUCCUGCGCAACGACUUCCCCGCCUCGCUAUCCGCAGACAUCCUCUUCACCACCUCCUCGUCCUCCACCUCCUCGAAACCAACCAGCAUACCCUACACCCUCACCCUCUCCGCCACAUCCGCGUCUGCCUCGGCAUCCACGAGUCAGCACCCGCGCGCCAACCCGAGCAAUCCAACACACAUCGCGAUCCCGUUCCCGGGGAAGCUGGUUGAGGUGUUAGUUGAUGAGGGCGAUGUUGUCAGGGAGGGCGAUGUGGUGUGCGUGGUGCAGCAGAUGAAGAUGGAGCUUGAGGUAAGGGCGGGGAGGAGUGGGAGGGUGGGGUGGGUGUUGGAGGUUGAAGAGGGUGGGGAGGUGGAUGUUGGGUGGCUUGCUGCUGUUGUUGAAUCCGAUUCUGGGUCGAAACUUUGA